UGACGAACGAGGAACGGAGGGAGAGGACUCGGAAAAUUCACAUCGGGAAUGAUCCGAGUCCUCUCAACACAACCCCGUUCACCGGCGCAAAUUUUUUUCUUCUUUUCGUGAUGAAACUCGUGUGGAUGUACUUCCCAAAAUUAACCAAAUUUUAAGCUUAAUUGUACGAUAGAGUUUGUAGAAUACAAAUUCGAAACAUUUUCUCAAAAUAGCCAAAACUGAAAAAAUUACGACCAGUGAAAUGGUGUGCUUUGAACAGAACUCCAUAGAUUCAAUAUCCUAUUUAUGAUCGCUUUUAUAGUGUGUCCCAAACCACUCCACAAUUUCUGCCUUUUACCUUCUCUGAGGGGCAGUGUAUUCUGCAAAUCUGCCCUUUCUUCCUGUGUUGAUUUUUUGGGAUUGCUCGUUAAUGGAAUGUUUCUCACUGUAGAGUUAAUAUAACUAGGAGUCUAUUAAUUACCUCCCUUGCUUCUACCUCUUUUUACCUCAAAGGAAGAAAUACAGAAAGACGCCGCAAAUACAAAAAUGGCAGCGCCUACUGUGCAGAAAGUUCAAGAAAUACGUGAAGUCACUAGAAUUGAACGAAUUGGUGCCCAUUCACACAUUCGUGGUCUUGGUCUCAAUGAUGCACUUGAAGCAAGAGAUAUUUCCCAGGGGAUGGUAGGCCAAAAUGCUGCUCGUAAAGCUGCUGGCAUCAUCAUGGAGAUAAUUAAAGAAGGAAAAAUUGCUGGCCGGGCAAUUCUAAUUGCAGGACAACCAGGUUCUGGCAAAACUGCUAUAGCAAUGGGCAUGGCUCAAGCUCUUGGAGUAAAUACACAGUUUACCAGCAUUGCAGGAAGUGAAAUAUUCUCUCUGGAAAUGAGUAAAACAGAAGCUUUAACCCAAGCUUUCCGCAAAUCAAUUGGUGUUAGGAUCAAAGAAGAAACAGAAAUCAUUGAAGGUGAAGUUGUUGAAAUUCAAAUAGAUCGACCAGCCACUGGUACCAUGGUGUAG